AUGCUGUCCGCCGCGACCGGUCCGACAUUGGCGGCCUCAGCGGUGUUGCCAGUUUCCAGAGCGGUGGAGCGAGUACCGAUAGGCGGAGCGGCGGAGGGGGCGGGGGAGGGGGGGAAAGGGGGAGGGGGGAACGGCGGGAGGGGGGAAGGCGGUAGGGGUGAAAGGGGCCGUAGAGAGGUGGCGGGGAGCAGUGCAUUAGAGCGCGUGGGCCGUCCAUCUCGACGCGAGAGGCGACGCGCGCUCAUGACAUUAGGCCGUCGGUCGCACAAAGCGUCGCCGGAUACCGACACGGAGGACGCGCAACCCGCUUCUCCUUCCGCGGACGGCGCUGGUGCUUAUAACGAAACGGCGGCUGCGGCGGCUGCGGCGGCUGCGGCGGCGGCGGCGGCGGCUAAUAACGAGGCGGUGCGCGCGGAGCUGAUGGGCGCGGUGCAGGCGCAGGCGGAGGCGGUUGCGCGGCUGGACGCGGCGAUGGGCGCGCUGCAGGAGGAGGUGGCGGAAGGGCGCAACGCGUCGCUGCUGCUGCUGCUGGAGGCGGAAGAGGUGCGCGCGGAGGGGGGAGGGUCGAGGGGGGGUACGGGGGAAGGGGCGAGGGGGGAAGGGGAAAGGGAGAAAGGGGAAGGGGGAAUGGGGAAAGGGAGAAAGGGGGGGAGGGGGAAAAGGCUUAGGGAGAGAAGUAGAGAAAGGGUGGGUUUAGCAUGGGAGAAGAGGAAGGACGGAGGGUGUGUGGAGGGAGGACAAGGGAAGUACCAGAAGGCGAGCGGGGACGUGGAGGGCAUGGCGGAGGCGCAGCGCGCGCUGAGGGGCGCGGUGGAGGGCGUGCAGGGGGAGGUGCGCGCGCUGGGCGCGCGGCAGGGGGAGGUGGCUGCGCUGACAGAGCAGGUCAAGUCCCUCCAAGCACUAGCAGUCUCGCUGCAGCAGCAGCAGCGGGCAGAGGGCGACGGCAAUCCCAAGGCAGCAGCAGCAGCAGCCAAUGGGGACUGGGACGUGCAUGCGGUUCCUGGGGUGGGAGGGGCAUGGCAGGAGGAGCUGCAGCAGCACGUGCAGGAGCUCAGGCAAUACGUGGACACCCGCUGCGGCGACGCCGUUGCUGCUGCCAACGUCUCUCUCAAGGCAAUGGAGCAGCAACUGCUAGAGACGCAGCAGCAGCAGCAGGCGGCAGCAGAGGUUGCAGCAGCAGUGUCAACCACACAGGAGGAGGCAAGAAAAGCGAGGGAGAUGGUAGAGGCACUGCAAGACGAGGUUGUUUUGCUGGCUGCUUCUGGUGGUAGUGGGGGUGGUGGGAGUGAGGAAAAGGAGGAGAGGGAUGAGACCGACGGGAAACGGGAGGUCCGGCUGGCAGCUGCCGAAGCUGCAGUAGCCUCGGUGGCGGAGCUCCGAACCAAGCUGGAUGCCAUGGAAACCGCCUUGGGAGCUUCGUUAGAGGCUAAGAUAAAGAAGACAGUGUCUGAGACAGUGGAAUCCACUCAGAAAGCCAGCAAUGAGAGCAACAUGAUGACUCAAGAGAGAGUGUCUAGUCUCGAAUCAAGUUUAGAAGAGCUUCAAGUGACUGUUGAGUCGACUCAAAAGUCCACUCAGGGAACCAACAAUGAGAGCGAUAUGAAGACUCAAGAGAGAGUGUCUCGCCUUGAGUCAAGCUUGGAAGAGCUGCAAGUGAACCUAGGAGAUGUGGAGGGCAGCUUGGGAAAAGUUCAGAUCCGCGUCGGGCACCUGGUGGAAAAGUUUUCGCCGCUGGAUGAGGACAUCGGGCAGCUGAAAGAGCUGGUGGGCAGGUUGAAGAGUGAGGUGGAGGAAGCAAGUGGGAAGAUUGCUGCUGUGGAAGGCAAGGCGGGGGCGGCUGCCGCUGCUGCUGCGGCUGCUGCUGAUAAUGCUGCUGCUGCUUCCGCUGCUGCCGCUGCUGCUGCCGCUGCGGCAGCUGCUUCACCUGCUGCUGCAAGUGGUGGUGGUGGUGGUGGUGGUGGUGGUGGUGAGUCAGUGGUAGUAGCAGCAGCAGCAUAUGAGCAUGCUGUGGCAAGAAAGACGACGGUGAGUGAGAGAGUUGGCGAGGAGGAGGAGGAGGAGGUGAGGGAGGAGGAGAAGGUGGUAGUAGAAGAUGUGACAGCUGGGGCCGUGGUAAAGGGACAGGUGGGAGGACUAGAGACCGGCACAGCAGCAACAGCAGCAGCAGCUGCAGCAGCAGAAGCCACGUCAUCAUCAUCAUCUGCAGCUGCUGCUGCUGGUGCCGCUAGUGCUGCAGCAGAUUCUGCUGCCGCUGCUGCAGCGGCGGCGGCAGUGGCAGAGGCCGCGGUUGCAGCAGCUGCAGCUGCAGCGGAGAGUGCAGCAGAAAGGAGGCUAGCAGCAGUGCGGGAGGAGUGGACAAGCACUCUAGUGACUUCUAUUUCUGCUGAUGUAUCUGCAGCUAAGGAAGCAGCAGCAAGGCUCGAAGACAGGCUGAACGAGAGGUUCGGAACGGUGGAUGUGAGGUUUGGAACGGUGAAUGAGAGGCUCGAAACGGUGAAUAAGAGGUUUGGAACGAUGGACGAUAGGUUCGGCGAGGUGGAGGAACGGGUGGCGGAAACCGAGGCUAGAGCCGUGGCUCGGGACGGCACGGUGUGCUCCGUGGAAGCUAAGUUAGUGGCAUUGCAAGAUGAUGUGGAGGGGAGGGGUGAGGCAGUGAGUGAGGUAAGGAAACUGGUAGAAGAGGAGAGGGAAGAGAGGCGUGUGGAAGUGAGGGAGUUGAGGGAGAUAGUGGAGGGAGAGAGGGAGAGGGUGGGAGAGAGUAUGAAGGAGCUUCGGGAUCAGGUGACUGCCGUGGAAACUCUUGCGGCUGCCCAGAAAGUGGAGCUCGGGCAGCAGAAAGAAAAGGUUUGGGAGCAGGGGGAGGAGAUUGAGAGGAUUGGGAAGCAGAUAGAGGAGAGUGCGAAGAAGCAGCAGGAGGAGCGAGAGGAGGAGAGAGAGAAAGAGAGAGUAGCAACGGCUCUUGCUGUGGACGAGUGCAAGGAGCAGGUUAAGGGAGUCAAAUCCAUGGUCAAGCACCUCUCCGAGUCUGUCGAAGAGGUUCGGAACGACAUGCGCCCGAUUUCCGAUGCUGUGGUCGAGGUCCGGGUGACCAUGGCCGAGGCUCGGAACCUGCAGCAGGAGGCUGAGGAGGCUGUGGGGAGGCUGCGGAGCAAAGUAGAGGGGGUGCAAGAUUCUGUGUUGGAGGUGAAAAAGGAAGUGGAAGAAAAUAAGACGGAAUUGGAUCAGGUGAAGCAUGGGCUGCAUGAGUGCAGGGAUGAGGUGGUGGAGAUCCGAGGCACACUCGCGGACGUUCGGAAGCACGGCGAGGAGGCCCGGGAGGCGCACGAGGGGCUCCAGGAGGAGGUUCGGGAAGCGAAAACAGGGCUUCAAGCGAGCGUCAAUGCGUUGGAGACAGGCUUGGAGGAGGUUCGGCAGGCGGUGACUCUGGCUCGGGAGGAUAUUUCCACUUUCCAGGAAAGUGCUGAUUGCACGGACAAUGAGGUUGCUUCAAUCAAGGAGCAGGUUCGGUCCAUUCAAGAUGACGUGGGUCUGGUUCGGAAGGACGCUGUUCAGGUUCGGGUGGAUGUGGACUCGCUUCGGAUGGAGCUAGGUUCGGUGGAGCGGAGCCUGGACUCCACAGCACAGAAGGCCGCGGCUUCGGAAGAGGAGAUCCAGGAGGUUCGGAAAGGCUUGCUGACGACAGUCCACACGGAGGUGGACAAGGUUCGGGAGAGCGUGGAAGAGGUUCGGGAGGAGGUGAAGGAGGUUCGGGUGGAUAUGGUUCGGGCAGAGGAAAAAGCGGCGGCAACGCUGCGAGACGCAGAAGCAUCGGCACGUAAAGCAGUGGUGGCUCUGCAAGGGGAGUUUAAAGCCGAAGUAGCUGGCGUGCGUAAGGAGGUAACAGUGGUCCGGGAAGAGGCGGAGAAUCUAAGUCAUAGAGCUGAUAUGAUAGAUUCGCUUACGUCCUCCCUUACAGACAGCCUUGCACAGGCCCAGACCGACAUUUCGGAGGUUCGGAAGGAGGUUGGUGCUGCCCGGACCGAAGCUGGCGAGGCUCGGAAGGAGCUGGAGGCGAGUCUCCGUACCACGGCGGAAGGCUUGGAGGAGAAGAUUGAGGAGGCUCGGCAGCAGAUAGGGUUGAAGGCAGCAGCGGUGCAAGCAGAGGUGACAGGAAUGCAGAGCGACUUGCAGGAGAGGGUGGGUGAGAUCAAAUCGGUGCUUAAGGAAGGGGAGGAGGCGCAGUCUCUAAGGGUGGUUGCUUUAGAGAAGAAGCUGUCAGCUGUGGUGGCUGGAGGGGAGGAGGCGGUGAGUGCAGUAGCAGCGCGACUGAACCAAGUGGCAGAGGAGGUGGCAGACGUGGCAAACCGGGGCGAGCAGCAUGCAGCAGAUGCGGCGGCAGCGAUCGAGCGCACAGAGCGAGAGCUCGCAGCUGCUGUGGCAUCAUCGUCAGCGGCAGCAGCGGCGGAACGAGAAGGGAUUGUGGAGCGAGUGAACGGGCUAGACGUAUCCGUGCGAGGGCUGGAAGAGAAGGCGAAGGAGGGCAGGCAGUGUGCCGACGCUGCGGAUGCAGCAAUCAAAGCCGUACAGGUGGAGGUUGCAGCAGACAGGCAGAAGGCGGAGGAGCGAGCAGCGGAGGAGGAGCUCCGGAAAUGGACAGACGCGGAGAAGACCCAGGCGCUGCAGGGCGAUGUGUCCGCGCUGCAGCAGCGGCAGGGCGAGCAGGAGCGGGAGCUGAAGCGGCAGGAGGAGGAGAGAGUGGCCGCGGCGCAGAAGAUGCUGACGAGGAUGCAGGCGGAUGUGAGGGCGCUGGUGGAGAAGUUGGAGGAGGUGGUGCGGGAGGAGCAGGCGGGGGUGAGGGGGGAGAUGCGGAGUGCGGUGGUGGAGUUGCAGGGGGGCCUGGCGGAGGUGAAGGGGGGGUUGGGGAAGGUGGAGGCGCAGCUGAGGGAUGCGGAGGGGAAGGCGCAGGCGGGGAUCAGUGCGUGCCAGGAGGUACGUGCAUGGGGAGGGGUGUGGGAGUGGGUGUGGGAGUGGGUGUGGGAGUGGGUGUGGGAGUGGGUGUGGGAGUGGGUGUGGGAGUGGGUGUGGGAGUGGGUGUGGGUGUGGGAGUGGGUUGUGGGUGUGGGAGUGGGAGUGGGUGUGGGAGUGGGUGUGGGAGUGGGUGUGGGAGUGGGUGUGGGUGUGGGUGUGGGUGUGGGAGUGGGUGUGGGAGUGGGUGUGGGUGUGGGUGUGGGAGUGGGAGUGGGUGUGGGAGUGGGUGUGGGAGUGGGUGUGGGAGUGGGUGUGGGAGUGGGUGUGGGAGUGGGUGUGGAAGUGGGUGUGGGAGUGGGUGUGGGAGUGGGAGUGGGUGUGGGUGUGGGUGUGGGUGUGGGUGUGGGUGUGGGUGUGGGUGUGGGUGUGGGUGUGGGAGUGGGAGUGGGAGUGGGAGUGGGUGUGGGAGUGGGUGUGGGAGUGGGUGUGGGAGUGGGUGUGGGUGUGGGAGUGGGUGUGGGAGUGGGUGUGGGAGUGGGUGUGGGUGUGGGAGUGGGUGUGGGUGUGGGUGUGGGUGUGGGUGUGGGUGUGGGAGUGGGAGUGGGAGUGGGUGUGGGUGUGGGUGUGGGAGUGGGUGUGGGUGUGGGUGUGGGUGUGGGUGUGGGUGUGGGUGUGGGUGUGGGUGUGGGUGUGGGAGUGGGAGUGGGAGUGGGAGUGGGUGUGGGAGUGGGAGUGGGAGUGGGAGUGGGUGUGGGUGUGGGUGUGGGAGUGGGUGUGGGAGUGGGUGUGGGAGUGGGAGUGGGUCUGGGAGUGGGAGUGGGAGUGGGUGUGGGAGUGGGUGUGGGAGUGGGUGUGGGUGUGGGAGUGGGUGUGGGAGUGGGAGUGGGUGUGGGAGUGGGAGUGGGUCUGGGAGUGGGAGUGGGUGUGGGUGUGGGUGUGGGUGUGGGAGUGGGUGUGGGAGUGGGUGUGGGAGUGGGUGUGGGUGUGGGGAGUGGGGAGGAGAAGCGGCUGGUGGGAGUGUGUGCGGACAUGAAGGGCGAGAUACAGCGUGUGGAGGGUGAUCUGAACGCGCUCUCCAUGAGCCACAGCCAGGUGCUGGCGUACAUGCAGGCCAAGCAGGCCAAGGAGGCCAAGGGCACCGGUGAGUGUGGGGUGGUGGGGAGCGGUGGUGGGGUGGGAGAAGGUAGGCAAAGGGGUGGUAUGGGUCCUAUCUCCCCAAUCCCCUCUAACUUGCCACUAUCCCCUCACCGUCCACCCUUCCCCCUCUCUACCCAACCCUCCCCCCCCACCACCACCCCAGGCAUUAUGAAGUGGACGAAGCGCAACAUAGCAUCGCGCUCUGAGGGCCCCUCUCCCCAUGAGUCACCGCGCAACCUGCCCAAGCGCUGGUGGCCGCCCUCCCCUGCCACGGACGUGCACAGCAGCAUGCGCUCUGAUACCAGUGAUGAUUUCCGCGAGGACGGGAGAGCAGCAGCAGGCGGAUCAACCACAGCAGCAUCCCGCCCGCCCACAACCACCAUUGCUGCCGCUGCUGCUGCCGCUGCCGCUGCUGCUGGUGCCGCUGCUGCGGGUGCUGCUGCUGCAGGAGCGAGGAUGAAGCAGGAGGCGAGAAGGUGGGGCGGCAGUGGGGAAGCAGCGAGUGGCAGCGGCGGGGGCGCGGGGGCGGUACCUACUUAUGGAAGAGUGUCUGGAGCGAGGGGGCGGGGAGAAACGGGCAAGCAAGAGGGCGGGGUAAAGCCAGCGACAGGGGACGUGUGGGUAGAUGGCUCACAACGUGGUGAGGUCAGCCGUCGAGAAUCUCCCACUGCCGCUUCUGCUGCUCCUGCUCCUGCUCCUGCUGCAGCUCCUGCUGAUUCUCCUUCUCCCGUUCCUGCUGCUGCUGCCGGGACUGCAGGGGCUGCAGCUGCUGCAGUGGCUGCUGCGUCUAAUGCUGCCAGUCCGUCAAUCCCUCCUAAGGAAGCUCGCACACCCGUGCCCAGUACCCAGUCCCGGCCUCCUCCCCCUCCUCCUCCUCCUCCUCCUCCUAUAGUCCCCGGUGGUUCAAAGACAGACGGUGGCUUGACUGCAGGGAGGGGGAGCACUGCAGGACGGAUGGCUGCGGGGAGUGCCAGGGGGAGUGCAGGGGGCAGCGCAGGGAGCAGUGAUGCUUUUGUGAAUGAAGGGCUGUUGGUGUGGACGGAGCGGCGGCAGCAGUGGCUGGACGGGAACACACUGCGGGGCGCGAGAGGGAGAGCAGAACGCGCAGCAGCAGCAGGAGGAGCAGCAGCAGCAGCAGGGGUGGGCGGAGCAGCAGGAACAGCGGGAGCAGUAGGAGCAGCAGGGUAUGAUGCGCGGGGUGAUGGGAGUGACAGACCUAGGACUGCUGCCCCUGUGAUCAGGCCAGGGAGUACAUACGAUGAUUUGCUCUCCACCAGUCGCCCCUUCCCCCAGCCAAUUCCCCUCCCA